AUGCUCAUAAUCAACAUCAUUUCACUAAUUGUACCAAUCUUGCUCGCCGUAGCUUUCCUGACAUUAGUGGAACGAAAAAUCCUAGGAUACAUACAACUCCGCAAGGGCCCAAAUAUUGUAGGACCCUACGGCCUCCUACAACCAAUUGCAGACGCCGUGAAACUUUUUACUAAAGAACCCCUACGACCCUUAACAUCAUCUAUUACUAUGUUCGUAAUAGCCCCAAUCCUAGCCCUAGCACUAGCCCUAACCAUGUGAGUCCCAUUACCUAUACCUUACCCCCUCGUUAACAUGAACCUAGGAGUCCUAUUCAUACUGGCAAUGUCAAGCUUAGCCGUCUAUUCCAUUCUAUGAUCCGGAUGAGCCUCAAACUCAAAAUACGCCCUAAUCGGAGCCCUACGAGCUGUAGCCCAAACAAUCUCCUAUGAGGUCACACUAGCUAUCAUUCUUCUUUCAGUACUGCUAAUAAAUGGCUCAUUCACCCUAUCCACAUUAAUCACCACACAAGAACACCUAUGACUAAUCCUCCCCGCAUGACCCCUAGCCAUAAUAUGAUUUAUCUCAACUCUAGCAGAAACUAACCGCGCACCCUUCGACCUAACCGAAGGAGAAUCAGAACUAGUCUCAGGGUUCAAUGUCGAAUACGCAGCCGGACCAUUCGCCCUGUUUUUCCUAGCCGAAUACGCUAACAUCAUCAUAAUAAAUAUUCUUACAACAAUCCUAUUUUUCGGCGCAUUCCACACCCCCUACCUACCAGAACUAUACACCAUCAACUUCACCGUGAAAACACUCCUACUAACAGCCUCUUUCCUAUGAAUUCGAGCAUCUUACCCACGAUUCCGCUAUGACCAACUUAUACACCUACUAUGAAAAAACUUCCUCCCUCUAACACUAGCUCUAUGCAUAUGACACAUGGCCCUACCUAUUAUAACAGCAAGCAUUCCUCCCCAAACAU